UAUGGGAAAUGUGUACGAAUGAUCGAAGGUACUCAUAUCGCUUCCCUGAUGCUUCUGCUCCUUGUGGACGCACCGUGAACAGCGUGUGACGAAUUUGGGUGUUUGGGAUGAUACAUGGACUCGCCCUCCCUCCGUCACCAUAAUGAACGAAUCUCUGCCUCUCCGUAACCCAUUCCGAGGCACCUGCAACACAUAAAGAGCCGUUUCGUUCUGCAGCAAGGUAGUCCAGGUCCUACCCCCUGUUCCUCUCCGCUGGUCUGGUUUACGCCCACAUUCGCCCAGGUCAAUCACGAGCUUCACGAUCACGCUUAUCAGAAAUGCCGCACAAUAACAACUUCCUCGACUUGCACGACAAGUUGGAGAUCUCCCACGCCCUCUUAUCAUCUGUCUGCGCGUUCUUCCUCGUCCCUGCCGCCCUCAUUACCGCUCGGUACAUGCGCAACAACCCAGUGUGGUACAAGAUUCAUUGGAUCCUCAAUGUCGCCGUGACCCUGAUCAUAACGGCAUGCUUCGUCAUGGGUGUCAAGUCGAUCAACGGGAAUCAGAUCGGCGGGAAGAAGUCGGACACUCACCACCGGUUCGGUCUCGUCGCUUUCUUCCUUGUCGUCACGCAGACCCUCAUAGGCAUCGCCGUCCACUUCACCCGCGCUGGUGGACCCCCUCCCGGUCUUCCCGCGCCUGGCAAGCACUGGUCUCGCUACUUCCACGCGUUCAUGGGCAUUUGCACCGCAGGAACACUGUUCGCAGCGAUCUACAGCGGAAUGCACGAAUGGACAAAGUCCUCGGAUGACGGCACUGUCACUCCCACGGCCAUACGCGUUGUAUUCUGGAUCCUGCUUGGCGCUAUCAUCAUCCCCGCGUACUUCCUCGGCUUCUACUUCCGUCGGGGCACCUGGAAGGGAAAGGGGCCUGAGACGAAGGCUGCCGCGGAUGCGUCGGAAGAGUCUGUCGAAGAGAAGGACAGGGAUGCUAUCGAAGCUGCUUAGUGUUGAUUUGGUUCUGCAAUUGUGAUCAAAAUGUAAUGGUAUUCAUGUUGCCGAGGAGAGCGGACAUAUGCAUGUGCCUUUGAAGACAGG